UUUAUCGUUCAUGUACGUCAUACUUCAUGCACACUGGAGUUUAUCGUUAGUUCAGUUCCGCGUAGAGAGCUUUAAAACAAGUGGUUGCUUAUUAAUCUUUAAACUAUUUUUUUCUUUUUGUAAAAUUCUGCAUAAAUUUAAUGAAGCUCCAACACCUACAGUAGCAGUGACAUAGGUCUUAUCAAAUAAUAAUUAAACCAACAGUCUGAACGAGGAUUAAGAAAAUGUUUACUUUAUGUGUCUUACUUUUAACCCUGAUCAGCUGGUCCUGUGGCGCCUUCCCGGGACCUCCUAAACCGCAAAUAAACGAUAGGCCGAUUAUUGGAAUACUUACUCAGGAAACAGAAGAUGACAACCUAAAACCAUAUGGGAAAACGUAUAUCCCAUCGUCAUAUGUUAAAUACCUAGAGUCUGCUGGCUGCAGGGUAACACCAGUCAAGUUGAAUCUGACGUUGCCUGAAUAUGAGAAGAUUUUUAAUUCAAUAAAUGGGAUGAUGUUCAUUGGCGGUGCAGUUAAUUUACUGACCUCAGACUUUGCCAAAGCAGCAGCAGUUUUCUACAAGCUUGCACUGAAGGCCUACGUCUCGGGAGACUAUUUCCCUUUGUGGGGGACUUGUCUGGGUUUUCAGCUGCUCACUGCGCUGGUUGCCGGGGACGACCUGCUGACCAACGCCACUGUAGAAAACAAGGCGUUGCCGCUCAAACUCACAGCUGGUGCAGAAUCCAGCCGAAUGUUCCGGAAUUUUCCUCCUGAGUUGAUGAAGUCUUUGUCCCAGGAGCCACUGACUGGAAAUUUUCAUCACUAUGGCAUCGCAACACAGACAUUUGAAGGAAAUGAGAGACUGGAAAGUUUCUUUUCCAUCCUGUCUACGAACAAGGCUAAGGAAGGAGUGGAGUUUGUUUCAACAAUAGAAGCACAGCCGGACUCAGAGUCACUGGAAGGCAAGGCAGACGGGCCCACUUCGUCCUGCCGCGGAGACUUCAGCCGUUGUCCAUGGAAAAAAAUAUCCCUUCUAUGGAGUCCAGUGGCACCCAGAGGUGAGUCGGUUUCAGUGGCAUCCAGACCAGGAGUUCCCUCACUCGGUGAACGCGGUGCGAGUGUCCUACCUCACUGCAGAUUUUUUUGUUAAUGAAGCUCGGAGGAGUUCCCACCACUUCUCAAGUGCUAAAGAAGAAGACGCUGCUCUGAUAUACAACUACUCUCCGCUGUACGUAGGAAAUAUCUCCAGUUACAUGCAGAUCUACUUCUUCUAGGGUUCCUGGAAGCAGUGACACACACAAUUACUCUCCAACUCCAACAGGCUUUCUCAGGUGACCCAGAAUUAAACUAAUGAAAAUGAGCCUUUGCGCUGAAAGUGUUGCAUAAUGUGUCUUUAAUAUGACAAGCCCAGUACUUACUGUUCCUGCCUUGUGUGCACUGUGCAGGUUUCUGUGGUAUUAAAAACACUUUUUUUAAAUUAUACACCGGAUGUGAAAGGAUGAGAUUAAAUAAAGCAUUUAUUUAGCCCACAGCUUUCUUGAAAAAUUGAAUUUAUAUAUAUUGUAACAGAUCAAUGAGGUGGGUUAAAAGCCUCCCUGCCAAGCUAAUUGUUUUUGUUUAAUUUAAUUGUAUUGUUUAAUUGUAUUAUUUGUUAAUUGUUUUAUUGUUUUGGCAGUGGCUCGUUAUUGUAAAUUAGAGUCAACUGCCAAUAUUUAACCCUUUGCGGUCCAUUGUCGGACUGGGUCCAACAUUGCAAUUAUUCCUCACAGGUCCUUUGUCGGACUGGGUCCGACAUCAUUAUAGCAACGCAUAAAACGGGUUUCUAGUCGUUUUUUCUCCGGAAAAAGCUGAGAAAACCAUUCAAUUGCCGAGUGAGAGCGACAGGAGCCGAGACAAGUCGGAAAAAAAAAAAAAAAAGCGUAUCUCAUGAAUAGUCAUACAUGGUAUCUGGUAUCAGAUAACGGGGCGGGUCGUAAGUAAACAAGUUGGCUGACUGAAUCAGCACACAGAAAACACGGACAUUUGCAGAGCUUUUUUGAGAUGUUAUAGUAAUAAAAUAAUAAAAAUGACUUGGAUCGCAUUAUUGAGGAGUUUGGUGAUAAAACGAGUGAUCCGGAGAUGAUCGAUCGGUAUGUACGACUAUUCUUCUUCUUCUUCUUCUUAUUAUUAUUAUUUAUUUCUUACAUAGGUGAACGCUAUAGCAAACAAAAGGGUGGGGUGGGGCUGGAGAUGCCUAGUGAGUGCUUUGUUGAUAUGCAGGGCCAUUUAAACCCGUUUGACUGUGGAAAUAAAUACUUUUAAACAGCGUGUCUAAAAUUAACUGCGCGUAUGAAAAUAAAUUAGACCUGACGUGCCUGACGCGCGAUUAAUAAAUGGACCGCAAAGGGUUAACCCUUUGCGGUCCUGUGUCGGACCUGGUUCAACAUUGCAAUUAUUUCUAUCUGGUCCAAUGUCGGACCCUGUCCGACAUCAUCAAAAAGACGCAAAAAACGGGUUUCUAGUCGUUUUUUCUCCGGAAAAAGCCGAGAAAACCAUUCAAUGGCCGAGUAGGAGCGACAGGAGCCCGAGACAAGCCGGAAAAAAAGGGCGUAUCUCAUGAAUAUUCAUACUUGCCCCUGGCAUCAGAUAACGGCGGCCAUAAGGAAACAAGCUGGCUGCUACUGCAUCCGCGCUCAGAGAAUAUCACAGACAUUUGCAUUUGGAUCGCAUUAUUGAGGCGUUUGGUGAUAAAACGAGUGAUCAGGAGAUGAUUGAUUGGUAUGUACGACUAUUUUUGUUAUUAUUAUUAUUAUUAUUAUUUAUUUCUUCGCACAUGUGAAAGCUAUAUCCAACGAAAGGGUGGGGCGGGGCUGGAGAUGCCUAGUGAGUGUUUUGUUGAUAUGCAGGGCCUUUUAAACCCGUUUGACUGUGGAAAAAAAUACUUUUAAACAGUGCGUCUAAAAUUAACUGCGCGUGUGAAAAUAAAUUGGACCUGACGCGCCUGACACGCACUUAAUAAAUGGACUGCAAAGGGUUAAACCUACGUUUGGUUUAUAUAUGUUUGUGUAAAAGUGUUUAGAUGUUGUGUAUGUCAGGUAAACAGCUUAGUUGUCCUACAGGUUAGUCAGGGAGCUGCUUAUGUUUAGUAAGUGCAGGUAAGAGCUCGGUUUGUGUUUGUUUAUUUUUGUUUUAUAUAAUAAAAGUGCGCAUAAAGCUCUGAAAAUCAA